AUGCUUUCUACGGCGACGAUAGAGGGGAUGAAGGAGCAGGUGGUGGACAACCUGCCGAAGCGAAUUAAGCAGGUGAAGUUUGGGAUUAUGUCCCCAAACGACGUUGUGAAGCAGGGUGUUAUUGAGGUCGCUACACGUGAGCUAUUCGAAUUUGAUGGAGGGCGACGUCCAAAACCCAAUGGCGCCCUGGAUCCGAGAAUGGGUAUAUCCUCGAAAACCGGAAUCUGUGAGACUUGUGGCGAAGGCCUCCAGAACUGCAAUGGGCAUUUCGGGCACGUUAAACUAGCGCUCCCGGCGUUCCAUAUUGGAUACUUCAAGGCGAUAAUAACGAUGCUCCAAAAUAUCUGCAAAGAUUGCGCUCGAGUACUCUUAGACGACAAUCAACGUCGUAUAUUUCUCAAACAGCUUCGCACGCCAGGGAUCGAUAACCUUCGCCGUACACAGAUUUGCAAGAAGAUUAACGAACAAUGCAAGAAGACGCGAACGUGCUUUCACUGUGGAUCGAUCAACGGCGUGAUUAAGAAGACGGGCCCGUUGAAGCUGUCUCACGAUAAAUUCAGGGCAUUUAAUAGCAGUACUGCACAAAAGAAAAUCCCACCAGACGAGAAAAUUGCGUUUGAUAAGAGUUUUGCAGAGGCUAAAAGAACAAAUCACGAUUUGGAGAAGCACGUGAAAAAGGCGAUGGACGAUCUUAAUCCGCUGAAAGUAUUGAACUUGUUUAAGCAAGUACUUCCGACGGAUUGUGAGUUACUGGGAAUGAACCCAUUGGAGGGACGUCCAGAAAUGUUCAUCUGGCAGUAUGUUCCAGCUCCGCCGGUGUGUAUACGUCCAUCGGUUCAGCAGGACUCGGCAAGCAAUGAGGAUGACUUGACCGUCAAGUUGACGGAGAUAAUUUUCAUGAACUCUCUCAUCCGAGCAGGUCUUCAAGAAGGAACUCCGAUUUUAACGCUCAUGGAACGCUGGGACUAUCUUCAAGCCCAAAUAGCAAUGUACAUUGACUCGUCCCUUCCAUCCCUCCAACGUUCUUAUAGUGAUCUUAAACCAAUACGCGGUUUCUGUCAACGGUUAAAGGGUAAACAAGGCCGUUUCCGUGGUAAUUUAUCUGGAAAACGUGUCGAUUUUUCAGGGCGAACUGUUAUUUCACCGGAUCCAAAUCUUUCCAUCGACCAGGUCGCAGUGCCAGUCUUGGUAGCAAAGAAUUUAACAUAUCCCGAGAAAGUAUCCCGCUAUAACAAACAGAAGCUGCAGCAACUCGUACAGAACGGGCCUGAUGUUCAUCCCGGAGCAAAUUAUAUCAUCAAGAAAAACAGCGAUUUUAAGAUGUUCUUGAAGUUCGGUGACCGAAAAAGAGCGGCAGAUAUGCUUCAAGAGGGAGAUAUAGUUGAACGACACUUGGAGGAUGGAGACGUAGUUCUCUUCAACCGGCAGCCGUCACUCCACAAGCUUUCAAUCUUGUCUCAUUACGCCAAAAUUCGCCCUUGGAAGACUUUCCGUCUCAACGAGUGUGUCUGCAAUCCUUAUAAUGCCGAUUUCGACGGUGACGAGAUGAACCUCCACGUGCCACAGACCGAAGAGGCCCGCACGGAAGCUAUCGAGCUCAUGGGUGUGAAGAAUAACUUGUGCACUCCACGUAAUGGUGAACCGAUCAUUGCCGCCAUCCAGGAUUUCAUCACAGCCUCUUACCUCCUUUCAUCGAAGGAUAGGUUCUACAACAGAGCUCAGUUUGCUAACAUUUGCAUGUUCAUGGUUGAUGGAAAUUUACAAAUCGACAUACCUCCUCCUGCAAUUUUGAAGCCACAGGCUUUGUGGACUGGAAAGCAGAUUUUCAAUGUUCUUUUGAGGCCGAAUAAAAAAAGUAACGUUCUGGUCAAUUUGGAUGCGAAGUGUCGUGAUUUCAAAACGGUUCCUGGACAAGCUCCUGAUAUGUGCCCUAACGAUGGCUGGCUCGUAAUUCGUGGUUCUGAGGUUAUGUGUGGUCUUAUGGACAAGUCGACAGUCGGUUCAGGAAAGAAGGAUUCUGUCUUUUAUGUUAUUCUUCGUGAUUAUGGCCCAGACGAAACCGUCCAGGCUAUGAAUCGUCUUGCGAAGCUUUGUGCGAGGUGGCUCACGAAUCAAGGAUUUUCAAUCGGUAUCAAUGAUGUUUUACCUGGUGCUGCCCUUAGGAAAGAGAAGGAUAUGCUAGUCGAGAAGGCAUAUGAGGAAUGUGACGAGUUAAUUUUGAAAUUCAAGGAGGGGAAACUUGAGAAGCAGGCAGGAUGUGAUGAAGAUACAACAUUGGAGAACCAGGUUUCCGGAGUGUUGAACGCGGUCAGAGAAAAGGUCGGAGACAUUUGUAUGAAUGAAUUGAGUAGGAACAAUGCGCCACUGAUCAUGGCGUGUUCCGGAUCAAAAGGUUCAAAGAUCAACGUAUCCCAGAUGGUUGCUUGUGUAGGGCAACAAGCUAUGGGCGGCAAACGUAUUCCUGACGGUUUUCAAGAUCGUUCAUUACCACAUUUCCCAAAGAACUCUAAGCAGCCUCCGUCGAAGGGAUUUGUGAGGAAUUCUUUCUUCUCUGGACUUACGCCAACGGAGUUCAUUUUUCACGCUAUGACUGGUCGUGAGGGUUUGGUUGAUACUGCUGUCAAAACUGCAGAGACUGGAUACAUGUCACGUCGUCUUAUGAAGUCCCUCGAAGAUCUGAGCGCCAGCUACGAUCAGACUGUCCGGACCAGUAGCAGUGGUAUUGUACAGUUUCAAUACGGAGGUGACAACCUGGAUCCAGUAGACAUGGAGGGUAAUGCUCAGCCUGUUAACUUCAAACGAACUUUCUAUCACUCCGAAAACUUGACUUUUAAUAACACUGAUCGCGGACUAUAUCCAUGGGAAAUCAUUACGCUCACUGACUCGAUUCUUAACCCAUUGGAGGAGAAGCUCGUCAGGUAUGAUCUCCUUGGAAACGUCAUUGGUGACGAUGAGGUCGACGACCGUACAAUGGAUGAGCAUGAAUCCAAGCGUGAAUUUUUCAACUCAAUACGAAAGUUUAUGCGCAAUAAAGCAUUCGAGCUUGCUGCUCUCCGUUCCCGGUUUAAUCUACCACCUCUCGACGAAACCCCAGAUAGCGAUUACAUGGAUAUCGACGACAGUUAUUUCGCCGCAGCAGAUGUUAAUGCCGUUAAUCGCAUCCAAAGGAUUUCAGAGAAACUUCUCCGUGAGUUUUUACGGCAAUGUCUUACAAAAUAUGAGCGUGCGAAGGUGGAACCGGGUUCUGCAGUUGGUGCGGUUGGUGCUCAGUCUAUUGGUGAACCGGGAACGCAGAUGACAUUAAAGACUUUCCAUUUUGCUGGUGUCGCCAGCAUGAACGUUACUUUGGGAGUUCCGCGUAUUAAAGAAAUUAUCAAUGCCAGCAAAAACAUUAGUACACCCAUUAUCACUUGUAAGCUGGUCACCAAGGAUGAUGAGAGAAGCGCAAGGAUAGUAAAGGGGAGAAUUGAAAAGACAUAUCUGGAGGACAUCAUUUAUUACGUCGAGGACGUCUGUUCACCGGAUGACAACUAUGUCUCCGUCCGUGUUGACUUCCACACCAUUGAUAAGCUUCAGCUUGAACUUACAGUCGAUGACAUCCUCAACGCACUUGUUAAGGCAAAGCUUAAAAUUACCAAAUCUGAUAUCAGGGUUGUUGGAAACCGUAUUCGCAUCUACGUCCGCGAAAUGGCAGAUAAAGACAAAAGAAAGACAACUGCUGAAACAGACGUCUUCCUUCGUGUACAAAGUCUAAAGCGUGCGCUGCCAAGUGUCGUCGUCAAGGGCUACCCUCAGGCGGCAAGAGCAGUUGUCAAGAAGAACGAAAAGUCGGGAGAGAAUGAUAUCCUCGUUGAAGGCUAUGGGUUGAAACUUUGUAUGAAUACUGAAGGUGUGGUCCCGACUGCAACAAAAAGUAAUAGUAUCAUGGAGAUGCGAGAAGUUCUUGGGAUCGAGGCUGCUAGAUCCUCUAUUAUCUAUGAAAUCUCCGAGACAAUGAAAGCUCACGGAAUGGACAUCGAUCCUCGUCACAUGCAACUCCUUGGAGACGUAAUGACUUAUAAAGGCGAAGUUUUGGGAAUCACACGUUUUGGUCUCGCCAAAAUGCGAGACUCAGUUCUACAGCUCGCCUCAUUUGAAAAGACAACCGAUCACUUGUUCGAUGCAGCAUUUCACAUGAAGACUGAUGAAGUGGAGGGAGUUUCCGAAUGUAUCAUUCUUGGACAAAGUAUGAGCAUAGGUACCGGGGCUUUCAAGGUGGUGCGCAAGUUGAUGAUUCCGGAAAAGGCAUUGGUGCCUAAGAGGGGGAUGUUUGAGGCUGCCUAUGAGAAAAAUUAUAAGGGACUUGCCGGAAAGAAACAAAAACCACAUUCAAAGGGGAGGUGA